AUGAGUUCACAAAAUAAUCCUAACCUCCAACUGCCCUUCCAACCAAGCACAAAAACAAUCAACACCAUCAAGCAACUCAAGUUCAACAGCGAAAACAGUCUAAAUCUGUUCUAUUUCAACGCGAGAAGUCUCAACGACAAACUCACCGAGUUAGAGUUCCUGCUCGACGAAGCCAACUGUCGGAUGGAUGCCCUUAUGAUCACCGAAACCUGGUCACGACCCGAGACGGAGCAAUCUAUGUGUCUCAGCAACUAUCAAUGCUUCUUCGCUUCGAGAUCAACGAGACGUGGCGGUGGUUCAGCAAUCUUCAUUCACAACGAUAUACACUGCAAACCGAUACACAACUACUGCGACGAACACAACAGUUUCAUUGCUGUUGAAGUUGGCGACCGUGAAAAAACUGUCCUGGUUUGUGUGUAUCGCCCACCUGAACCGCUGUCCUCCUCGCUGGAUUGCUUUUUUCAACAUCUGGACACCUUUCUCGCGGCGCAAGCGUGCCGAACAACAAUCGUCACCGGGGACUCAACCUGGACCUGCUCACAACAACAACUGCUGUCCAAAGCCUGUCUGGACCACAUUCUAACGAACAACACCGAGCUACAAGUAGCUGUUCAACAGUUGCAGUACAACUUGUUUGACCACGAUGCGAUGUUUAUUGAAGCAACCAGAACGAUCGACUGUAUAUCUUCGGGUAGGGUAAGCUUCACCAAGACCGAUGUCAACAAACUUCGUCUGUACCUACAGCAGCACCCUCCCAACACAAGCAUGCAGCUCUCGGUAGAAGAAAACUACAACGUUCUACUGUCGCAGCUACGCUCGGGGAUAGAAGCUUCCUCAACACAAGUCCGUUCACGGGGAACCAAACAAACACACUCAAAGCCCUGGUUUGACAACGAGUUGAAACAAUGCAUUCGCACCAAGAACUACUGGUAUGGGAAACAUCGCCAGAACAUCGCUGACCACGUCACCCGAGACACAUACCACCGCUGGGCCAACACAGUCACGAGUUUGAAACGUACGAAAAGAAAGCAUUAUUAUGGUGCUAAAUUCGAACGUCAACAAAGCAGCAUAACUGGCACCUGGGACGUCGUCCGAGAAGUUUUGGGCUCCAGACGGAAAAGCAGCAAGGGGAUCUCCAGCCGGUUUAGCAGUACGGACGAUAAGCAGCGUUGCGUGGAUGAUGCAAACACCUAUUUCGCUGCAGCGGGUAAGCAUCUCGCUGAAAACAUUCCCUACACAGCCAUGCAACCCAUUAACCCCCAGACAGACCAAUUGUUGGUCCUGGAACCAGUUCCACGCACGAUCGUUCUGCAAACGAUAGCCAGCCUACCAGCCUCAAAAUCGACCGGGUAUGACGCCUGCCAACCGAACUUCUUUAAAGCUUGCGGGGAAAUUCUCGCUGACAGUGUUGCUGACGUCGUGAACACCUCGAUUCGGCAGUCGCUCGUCCCCAACGCUCUUAAGCUGUCCAAGGUAGUUCCGAUCCCGAAAACACCAGCUGCAAGAAACGUCUCUGAAUUCCGUCCUAUCAACAUUCCAAGCGUGACCGACAAAGUUUUGCAGAAAAUCGUGAACAAGCAACUCACCGAGCACCUUGAAAGAAACCACCUGCUAUCUCCUCGUCAGUACGGCUUUAGGCCGAAAUCCAACACACAAUCGGCUUUAUUUGAUGCGGUGGUCGAAAUACAGAGGAACUGCGAUCAAAAACUCAAGGUGGCUGCGGUGUUCCUCGAUCUGUCCAAAGCUUUCGACACCUGUGAGAAGCGGAUUCUUCUGCGAAGUCUCAGCGAACUUGGUGUGAAUGGACAGUCCCUGCGAUGGUUUGAAAGUUUCCUGGGGGAACGUCAACAAUACGUUUGCGACAACGGUCUAAACAGCGAACCACUGAUUGUUGACUACGGUGUAGUCCAGGGAGCAUUGUCGGCCCGACGCUCUUCAACUGUUAUGUCAACAACCUCAAGGAUCUUCCGCUACAUGGAACUCUUUUCAUGUAUGCUGACGACAUCGUGCUCGUGUAUGCUGCCUCAACAUACGAAGAGCUGCAAAGCAGAAUGA